AAGAUCAACAUUGCAUCUUUCUGCACAUCAAAGGAUAUAUUUGAGAUGGACAGUCCUCUUGUUACUCAUGUUCUGAACACUGCAGAUGGGGUUCCUGCAGCACGCAUAGCACUCAGUCUGCAUCGUCUAGACCCUCAGAUGGCUCUCUGGAACCUUAUCACUUCUGAAACCACAGAUGAGAAUGGCCAUUGUUCAGAGCUCAUCACCAGAAAAGAUUUCACUACAGGCAUGUACAAAUUACGUUUUGAGACUGGACAGUAUUGGGAAAAUUUGGGCCAAAACAGCUUUUACCCAUAUGUAGAGAUUGUCUUCACAAUUACAGACCUGGACCAGAGGUUUCAUGUGCCUCUACAUCUCAGCAGAUACACGUACAGUGUCUACAGGUGUAGCUGUAGACAGUAGUAGGUACCUGAU